CGCGUCCCUCGCUCUCAAAAUGGCGGACGGAGCCGACAGAAGUCCCGUGGCGAGAGCGGCGGGCGGCCGGGCCCCCGCGCAAGCCCCGGAGCGAGCUAUGUGGUGUGAUGAAAGAUUCGACUUCCAAGCUACAUUUUUACAGUGCUUGGCAAAACAUGUGCCAAAUAUUUACUCAGCUGAAAUGGACCCCUUGGUGGAGAAACAAGAAGAAAUGGUCCAGGCAGCAAUAUUAUACCCCCUGGAAUGUUAUUUGUUUGGGGAGGACCCAGAUAUGUUCCUGGAGAAACUACAGCAGAGUGGAACCUCCCAGCUGUGUGGAAAGGUGUUCAAAGGAGGGGAGACAACGUACUCCUGCAGAGACUGUGCAGUUGAUCCAACUUGUGUGCUCUGUAUUGACUGCUUCCAGAAUAGCAUUCACAAGAACCACCGGUACAAGAUGCAUAGCUCCACUGGAGGUGGAUUUUGUGACUGUGGGGAUACAGAGGCAUGGAAGGCUGGACCACUGUGUAGUAAACAUGAGCCUGGAGCAUCAAGUUCUCCAAAAGAAAAUUCUGAAUGUCACUUGAAUGAAGAAAUUAUGGAGCAUUCUAGAAGAGUGUUUCCCUCUGUGAUAAAAUACAUUGUAGAUAUGCUUAUCUGGGAGGAAGAGGAGGAACUGCCUAUGGAGCUCACCAUUAGCAGAGAGAAGGUAGACAGCUACUACUGUGUCCUUUUCAAUGAUGAGCACCAUUCUUAUGAUCAUGUCAUCUACAGCCUGCAAAGGGCACUUGGCUGUGAACUUGGUGAAGCCCAGUUGCAUACAACUGCUAUAGAUAAAGAGGGUCGUAGAGCUGUUAAGGCAGGACAUUAUGCCUCUUGUCAGGAAGCAAAAGAAGAAAUUAAGAGGCAUUCUGAAAAUGUUUCUCAACGGCCUCUUCACGUGGAGGUUCUGCAUGCUGAUGUUAUGGCACACCAGAAGUUUGCCUUGCGCCUUGGUUCUUGGCUGAACAAACUCAUGAGCUAUUCAAGUGACUUUCGCCAGAUCUUUUGUCAAAUAUGUCUCAAGGAAGAAGCUGGAUCUGAAAAACCCUGCUUUAUAAGCAAGUUGAUGCUAUGGGAUGCAAGGCUUCAUAAAGGGGCGAGGAAGGUUCUUCAUGAGCUUAUCUUCAGUAGUUUUUUCAUGGAAAUGGAAUACAAAAAACUUUUUGCUGUUGAAUUUGUGAAGUAUUACAAGGCAUUGCAAAAGGAAUACAUCAGUGAUGAUCAUGACAGAGUUCUCUCUGUGACAGCGCUCUCAGUUCAAAUGUUCACUGUACCUACUCUGGCCCGACAUCUAAUUGAAGAGCGAAAUGUAAUCACCAUCAUUACAGAGACACUCCUAGAAGUGCUUCCAGAGUACCUAGACAAAAAUGACAAGUUCAACUUCCAAGGCUACAGUCAGGACAAACUGAACAGGGUAUAUUCAGUAAUAUUUGACCUCAGGUAUAUCUUAGUCAGCAAACCUGCAGUAUGGACAGACCAUCUGAGGGAGCGUUUUUUAGAAGGAUUUGUUUCUUUCCUAAGGAUUCUAACUUGCAUGCAGGGAAUGGAGGAGAUAAAAAGACAGAUUGGUCAGCACAUUGAGGUAGACCCUGACUGGGAAGCAGCUAUUGCCAUACAGAUGCAGCUCAAGAACAUUCUGUUGAUGUUUCAGGAGUGGUGUGCCUGUGAUGAAGAGCUGCUGCUCAGGUCUUACAGAGAAUGCCAUAAAGCUGUGAUGAGGUGCAGCACAAACGGCCGCUCUCGGGAGAAAACAGUGUUUCACUUAUGUGGCCAUACCCUGGAGAGCAGACCUUACAGAGUGUCUGCAGAUCCUGUCAGCAUACAUUUGCCACUGUCUAGGACUCUUGCUGGUCUUCAUGUACGAUUAAGCAAGACCGGAGCCAUCUCAAGAUUGCACGAGUUUGUUUCUCCUGAAGAAUUUCAAGUGGAGCUGCUAGUAGAAUAUCCUUUGCGGUGUCUUGUCCUGGUUGCACAGGUUGCUGCAGAGAUGUGGAGGAGGAAUGGGCUCUCCCUGAUAAGCCAGGUAUUCUAUUAUCAAGAUGUUAAAUGCAGAGAAGAGAUGUAUGAUAAAGACAUCAUCAUGCUCCAGAUAGGUGCAUCUCUUAUGGAUCCAAACCAGUUUCUCCUGCUGAUACUGCAGAGAUAUGAGCUUGCUGAUGCUUUCAAAAAGAUCAAACCCACCAAAGAUCAGGAUUUGAUUAAGCAAUAUAAUGUUUUAAUAGAAGAGAUGUUACAGAUUCUCAUCUAUGUUGUGGGGGAAAGAUACGUGCCUGGAAUCAGUAAUGUGACAAAAGAGGAUGUAAUAAUGAGAGAAAUCAUCCAUCUGUUGUGCAUUGAACCAAUGGCUCACAGUGCAAUUACCAAGUCCUUGCCUGAAAACGAGAACAAUGAAACUGGCUUGGAGAAUGUAAUUGAUAAAGUGGCUACGUUCAAGAAACCGGGUGUCUCUGGUCAUGGAGUUUAUGAACUGAAAGAUGAAUGUUUGAAGGAAUUCAAUGUGUUCUUUUAUCACUACACUAAGACCCAGCACAGCAAGGCUGAACAUACACAAAAGAAAAGAAGAAAACAAGAAAACAGAGAUGAAGCAUUGCCACCACCUCCUCCUCCAGACUUCAGUCCUGCAUUCAGCAACGUGGUGAGGAUUCUGAACUGCGAUGUCAUGAUGCACAUCCUGCGCACCCUCCUGCAGAGGGCAGUGGAGCUGGAAACCCACUUGUGGACUGAGGCAAUGGUCCAAAUGGUUCUUCAUCUUCUUUCUUUAGGGUUACUAGAAGAGAAGCAGCAGUUACAGAAGUCUCCUGAAGAAGAAGUAACCUUUGAUUUUUAUCACAAAGCAACACGAAUGGGAAGCUCAGCCUUGAAUGCUGUGAAUGUGUUAAUGCUUGUGGAGAAAUUGAAGAGAGUUCCCCAGUUAGAGGCACAGAAGGACACAGUCAAUUGGAUACUGCAGAUGUUUGACAUGGUGAAGAGAUUGAGAGAAAAGUCUAGUUUGGCAACAGUAGGAGCUACAUCAGGCUCAGAAGCUACAAAAGGUGAUGAGACACAGAGCACUCAGGAUAAAGAGAAAGCUGAGCGGAAGAGGAAGGCGGAAGCAGCGAGGUUGCACCGUCAGAAGAUAAUGGCCCAGAUGUCUGCCCUGCAGAGGAAUUUCAUUGAAACCCACAAGCUCCUGUAUGAAAACACACUGGAGGCCCAGGGGAAAGAUGAUGCUAUUAUGGAAGAAGAAAGCACCUCUUCAGCAAUUGAUUACUCCAGAAUUGCUUUGGGUCCCAAACGAGGUCCAUCUGUCAUUGAGAAGGAAGUUUUGACCUGUAUUCUUUGUCAGGAGGAACAGGAAGUAAAGUUUGAAAGUGCUGCCAUGGUAUUAUCUGCCUGUGUGCAGAAGUCAACUGCCUUAACUCAGAAUAGGAGCAGAAUUCUUGAACUCUCAGGAGAUACACUAGAUCCUCUCUUCAUGCACCCUGACUUACCUUGUGGGACCCACACAGGGAGCUGUGGUCAUGUAAUGCAUGCGGCCUGCUGGCAGAAAUACUUUGAAGCAAUACAGCUGAACUUCCGACAACGUCUGCACGUCGAACAGAUAUUUGACCUGGAGAAUGGAGAAUAUCUUUGUCCCCUUUGCAAAUCUCUGUGCAAUACUGUGAUUCCUAUUGUUCCACUGCGGGCUCAAAAAAUAAACAGUGAGGAUGCAGACGCAGUAGCUCAAAUCCUGUCCCUAGCUAGGUGGCUGGAGAUUGUCACAGUCAGGAUAUCAGGCUACAGUGUGAAAAAUGCUAAAGGAGAGAAACAAAGUCUUCCACCUUUCACCAACAAGGGAACUGGGAGCUCAGCUUUGGAAUUCCAUUCCAUCCUUAGUUUUGGAGUUCAGUCGUCAGCCAAGUACUCAAGCAGUAUCAAAGAGAUGCUUAUUCUCUUUGCCACCACCAUUUACAGAGUUGGGCUCAAAGUUGCUCCAAAUGAAGCUGAUUCCCGGAUUCCUAUGAUGACCUGGAGCACUUGUGCUUUUACCAUCCAGUGUAUAGAAAACCUCUUGGAAACAGAGGGCAAGCCUUUAUUUGGAUCCCUACAAAAUAGACAGCACAGUGGCCUUAAAGCAUUAGUGCAGUUUGCAGCUGCUCAGAGAACAACAUCCCCACAGCUUCUGAUACAGAAACACCUGAUUCGUCUUCUAGGAGUUCUUCUACCAAACUAUAAAGGGGAGGACACUCCAUCACUCUUAGAAGUAGAUAUGUUCCACAUUUUGGUGGCAGCUGUAUUAUCCUUUCCAUCUUUAUACUGGGAAGAUGCUGUAGACUUGCAACCUUCAUCAGUUAGUUCAGCCUAUAACCACCUCUACCUCUUCCAUCUGACAACACUGGCACACAUAAUGCAAAUAGUCAUCUCUUCAGCAACAGAAUCCCCUACUGCUCACUCAUCUGACAAUAGUGAGGAGGCACAGUCUGCACAAUCUUUCUGUAGAGAGGUUUGCCAAUACACUAGUGGUUGCUUCAGUCAGGAUAUUCCAGGCUGGCUUGUGUGGGAUUGUGUUAAAAAAGGCAUCAUGCCUUACCUUCGUUGUGCUGCUUUAUUUUUUCAUUAUUUGCUGGGAGUUUCUCCACCUGAGGAGCUAUUACAAGUUUCUGAAGAAGGGCAAUUCAAGGCACUUUGUAGUUACCUCUGUCUACCUACAAAUUUGUUCCAGCUCUUCCAUGAAUAUUGGGACACAGUAAAUCCACUGCUUCAAAGGUGGUGUGCUGAUCCAGUGGUGUUAAGUUGUUUGAAAGGGAAAAGCAUUGCAAUAAGGUAUCCUAGGAAAAGAAAUCAUUUAAUAGAGCUUCCUGAAGACUACAGUUGCCUUCUGAAUCAAGCCUCUCAGUUUAGAUGCCCACGGUCUUCUGAUGAUGAACAAAAGCACCCAGUAUUGUGUUUAUUCUGUGGGGCAAUGCUGUGUUCCCAGAACACUUGCUGUCAGGAGCUGGUGAAUGGGGAGGAGCUGGGAGCCUGUACUUCUCAUGCUCUUCAAUGUGGAGCUGGAGUCUGCAUGUUUCUCAAAAUCAGGGAAUGCAAAGUUGUCCUCAUUGAAGGUAAAACCAGGGGCUGCUUAUAUCCUGCACCCUAUUUGGAUGAAUAUGGAGAAACAGAUCCAGGUCUGAAAAGAGGAAAUCCCCUGCACUUGUGUCAGGAGCGUUACCGGAAGCUCCAUCUGCUGUGGCAGCAGCACUGCAUCAUAGAGGAGAUUGCCAGGAGCCAAGAAACAAAUCAGAUCUUCUUUGGAUUCAACUGGCAGCUGCUCUGAGUCUCUUGAUUUUAGGGAAAACUCUGACCUGUGGCAAUGCUUUGGAAAAGGAAAGGAAGGUGGCAGUAAAAAUAUCUACUCAAGUGGUUUCUGUAGUUCAGACAAUUAAUUGAUGGAUUCUCUAGGUUGGAUGUAUC